CAAUUACAUUUGAUAAAAUCUUAGCUUCUUCCAAUCGCUUUGUCGUUCAAGCCACACCCCCUUACAGUUGCAUGAUAUCACUUUGUGACGCCAUUUCGUAACAGAGCGGGUGGAAGUUACUAUAGCGAAAAGAGUUGGCAAAAUGGUGAAGAUUUUCGUGGGUAACCUGUCCGAGGACACCACGGCAGAGCAGCUCCGGUCGCUCUUCUCUCAAUACGGCACCAUCUCGGAGUGCGACGUGCUGAAGAAGUACGGCUUCGUCCACAUGGACGACAAGGCCGAGGCGGACGAGGCCAUCCGACGCCUGCACCACCACCAGCUCAACGGGCAGACCAUCAACGUUGAGAUGAGCCGCGGCAAGACUAAGAACUCCACCAAGCUGCACGUAGGCAACAUCAGCAGCAGCUGCACCAACCAGGAGCUGCGCGCCAGGUUUGAGGAGUUUGGCCCGGUGGUGGAGUGCGACAUCGUGAAGGACUACGCCUUUGUGCACAUGGAGCGGGUGGAGGACGCCAUGGAGGCCAUAAACGGGCUCGACAACACCGCCUUCCAAGGCAAGCUGAUGAGUGUGAAGCUUUCGACUAGCCGGCUGCGCACCGCCCCGGGCAUGGGCGACCGGACGGGGUGUUAUCGGUGCGGGCAGGAUGGGCACUGGUCCAAAGAGUGCCCCAUGGACCAGAACGGCUCGUUCGAGGCGGGGGCCAACGGCUUCGGCCCGUCCAGGUUUGGUGGCGGCGGCGGUGGCCGCGGGGGCUUCCCCCGGGGGCUGGGCGGAGACCCGGGCUACGGCGGCACCCACGGCGGGCCCCCCUCCUCGCACGCUUUCGUCCGGGGGCCGGUCUUCGGCGGGGGCGGGGGCCCCGGGUACGGCCGGGUGGCCGGGUACGACGGCGGCAUGGCGUACCGGGCGGCGGCGGCGGGAUACGGAGCCGGGGGCGACGGUAGCGCCUCCCGUGCGUUCGGGGGCGACGCCGCGUACGGAUCCGGGCCCGGGUUCGCGGCCGCGGCGGCUGCGGCCGCCUACCCUCCGCGGCGCGCCGCCAUGGUGGAGGACCGGGACCCUUACAACGUGGUGGACUUCUACGAGAAGUACCGGGCGCGGCCCUACGCCACCGGCUUCUACGACGAGACGCAGCAGCGCGUGGCCGCCCUGGCCCCGCCCCCGCCCCCCUCCCUGGCCCCCGCCGGGGCGUCCCUGGACCCCUACGAUCGGCGGGCCCUCCCUGCCCCGUCGGCCGCCGUGCCCUCGUACUACGCCCGCGACAGGAGCCCGGUGCGUCGCGCCCCCUCCGCCGCGCAGGGGUACGCGUUCGAGCGCUCGCGCCUCUCGCCCACCGGCAUGCCCCGGAGCGCCGCUUACGACGGGAUGCGGGCCCGCGACCCCUACGCCGAUCGGGUCCGCUACGCGUUUUAACCCCCAGGUGUCCGUGCCGUGACGCACCUCGACAGACGCGCGUUCGCUCCCGGUCGCUCGUUUCGGCUCGCGACGCGUUUCCGACGGUGCCGCGAUCGGGGGGCCGGUGAUACCGCGGACUCUCUCGCUCCUGCUACCACUUUUAUUUUCAGUUUUUGUCUCUCUCUCUUGUACCGAUUUUUCUCCUCCUCCUCCUCCUCCUGUGAUCCAGAACUAUUGCUUAGAUAUAAUUUCUUGUUUUAGUUUUUUUUUAGUUUUGUUUUAAACGAGUGUAGCGAUUCUUGCUGUCUUGAUGAAACAUUUUACACAGGAAUGCAGAGCUGUUAUUUUAAGUGUCACGGCAGAAGUAGACGUGCGUGUGAGCUUUGCAGUUCCUGUAGUAUGCUCUCUCUCCUAUCACUAACGUGUGUAUUCUGUAUCUGCUUUCAGAAGAGUUAGUCUUGCAUACACUGAGGGAAUUAUUUCACUGCAUUUUAGUACCAUCUACGGUUUCAUUUUGUGGUGGAAAUGCUCAGCCUGUGUGUGUGUGUGUGAGUGAGACGGUGAGAGCGAGAUUCUGGAAGCUUCUGCUUCCGAAAUGAGUUGACUGGCUGUAUAAUCCAAAUACACUUAGGAUGUAGGCUAAUACACUUUCGAAACUGCUCGUUUUUGUAAUUCCAGCUCUUGACUCUCAGUGUUGAGCCAAAUUGCUAUAAACAUGUUUGUGUUUCUUGCAUACAAGGGAUGGUUCUUUGCAUGAAGAAAAACGGGUCGUGGGGGCAAGUGGCUGUUGAAAGGGCAAGGCCUGAAGCCUGUGUUCACUUACAUGUAGGGGGAAUAAAGUCCUCUUUGCCAACAAUUCCAUUUUAAUAGUUUGCUGCUGUUUCUUAUUUCAGUUUUUGGGGGGUGUUUAUGGGCAAGUAUCAACCAAAUUGGUAGCAGGGGAAGGACAAACAUGAGACGGAGAUCUUGUUGGUAAGCCUCUUUCCCCUGUUUGGAGUCAAGUGGACGUCACCACUGCUUAUGAUAGGCCAUAUAAUGUUUUUGCCCAUAACAAAAUGGCCGCCACUCCCCUGCCUUCAUUACACAGGCAAUGUGGACGCAGUGUCAUCAAGUUCGCGCUGAUAGCCCAUCUCCUCGGUGUGGAAAUUGACCCUGAUGCCCGUUGCACUCAGGUUUUGCGCCAAGCUACAGCGGUUGUGCCCCUUCUACAUUUUACAUAGCCGUACACGCGCAUGCUCACUUGUAGCUUUGUCUGUUCGCAGUCCAGUUAGGCCUGAGUUUAAAGUCUAGAAACGCAUGGUAGCUGGACUGUCUGGCAUGGUAGUUUGCCCUGUCUUACGGUAUCGCUAUUAGACGCUUGUUGGUUUUGAUGGUCGGCCACCAUUUAAUCACUGAAUGUUUGUGUUUAGAAGACCUGACCUCCGCUGCUUUGCAGCUCUGGCAGAAUAAUUAUGAACUUUAAGAACUCUCUCCCUUAGUUUGUUUUGAGUGGUGACCACGGUUACUCAAAUGUGGCAGUUUGAAUGCGGUUGUCCGAUGCAGUCAGACACCUGAUGCAGCCUUGUUCCGCAGCAGAAGUUGGAGGGGGUGUGCUAUUGUGCGUGCGUGCGUGCGUGAUUCAGGUGUAACUGCCCCCCACGGUGGGAACGAGCUGCCAUUUUUUAAAGAUCUUUUUGUUUGGUCGCUAGGACAUGGAGGCUGAACUUUGAGCAGUGUUUCUGUGAACAGUACCCUUUCUCAAUAAAACUCACUGAAAACGA